UUGAAUAGUUUACCAAUGGCAAUAAAAACUAAGUCUUAUGAGAAUUCUCAUUGGAAACAAUUUUACAUGAAUGUGAAAAUAAAGUUGAGAUUGACAACUGAAAUGUGUGGUAAGUGGUCCAUCUUUUUAUCAAUCAUAAUUUCCUGUUUGCAGCUCUCCAAUAACAUCCAACUGCGUGAGAUGCCGAUGGACCUACUGCAGAAGAUCCUCAAGUCCAACCGUCUGUUCACGUACAACGAGUUCAGCGUGUACCGCACACUCUCCUACUGGCUCUUCAUGCAGCUGAACCCACAUCUCCAGCUGAUGCCUUCCCAUAGCACCAUCCUGUCGUACUUUAACAGUUUGCCGAAAACUUCAUCGUUCGUUGAGAGAGACGAUGGUCAAAUCUACUCACCAAUGUUCUCUGCUGUUCGUUUACAUGGAAUCCUUGAUACGGGGAACAUCCAGGACAUGCAGCUGAUGAAUAUCCUGCCCAGAGACACCCUCAUUGACCUACUGUCCCAGCAUUACCACUCUCUUCAAGGUGGUGGGGAUAUGUCCCUGAUGAAGAACUUUAAUAACUGCGCCAUUAGGCAAGGCUUUGUGAUUGAUUCGGACCCUCUGUACCACUCAGAAAUCCUGUCUCUUCAUGGAUUUCAUUUUGAACUGAAGGGGGUAGGCUCCAGAGACGGAAUCUACUCCUUCUACAUGCAGCGUCUGAAGCCAGGCGACCCAGUGUUGAGUUUCCGUCAGUGUGAGCGUCAGACGUUCUCCAUGAGGGCUGACAGAGAGGUGCGUUACUGCAUCACGGCCCAGUAUGUCAAGAAAGGGGAAAACCAGCUUCAAACCACUGGCAUAAAGAGCCAGAAGUUUGCACUGGGUGAGAAGACCAGUAAAUCUGAGGUGUUACAAGUGGUUGGCGUAGAAAAGCCAUUAUACAUCCAGUUUUCUGUACUAUUCCCCACUUCUUAAGAUGACAGUGACAUAUUUGAACAUGACAUUACCAUGUCUCUCUUAGGAUAUAUCAAUAUUUUCAUACCAUGACAAUAAAUAAUUUAUAAUAUUUAUAUGUUUUUGCAUGAAGCACUGACAUUUCUUGCAAGUUUAUUUUGAUUAUCUAAAUGUAAUACAAGUUUGCCAAAAUAGUGUAUCCUUUGUUAUGGUUUGCAAUUAUAAGCUAAUGCUUUCAAUGUUGGUCAUUCCCACAGGUUGUUUGAUAAUCAUCAAUAAAUACAUCUUUGCCUUUA